GUGCUCGCGCUGAGGGCUCGUGGUGAUCUCUGUGAGGCAGCAGCACAGCAUCCACAGCUUGGUGAAGGUGGGUGUGACUGGCAGCAUCUCUACCACCGAAAAACAGCCACGGGAACUGCUUUUUGUCGUUUGUAGGUAAAUUGACCUGCAGUACAAAUUCAAAAUGGCAGCCUCUGAAGAUAUCCAGGUCAAGGAGCUCGACAAGCGAGCCUCUGGCCAGGCCUUUGAGGUCAUUCUGGGAGCUCCUGCUCCUGAUGCAAAAGGCGAGUUUCCUUUGUCUCCUCCUAAAAAGAAGGAUGUGUCCCUGGAGGAGAUUCAGAGAAAGUUGGAAGCUGCAGAGGAGAGACGCAAGAAUCACGAAGCCGAGGUUCUGAAGCACUUAGCUGAGAAGCGUGAGCAUGAAAAGGAGGUGAUGCAGAAAGCAAUGGAGGAGAACAACAACUUCAGCAAGAUGGCCGAGGAGAAGCUCAAUCUGAAGAUGGAGGCCAACAAGGAGAACCGCACGGCCAUCAUGGCAGCCAUGAACGAGAAGUUCAAAGAGAAGGACAAGAAGUUGGAAGAGGUGCGGAAGAACAAGGAAACCAAAGAUCCUGGCUCAGAAGAAGGCACCUCGGAAGACUGAGGCUUCCACCCGGGGGGUUGUACAGGGUUUUUUACGUAUCCAAAGAUUGAUUUAUGUUUCUGUUCGGCCAGUAUUUUUCUUUUCACUUCCCACCUUUUUGAAAUAAAAAGUUCCACUUUGUGAGGUUUUUCAAUUCUCCUGCUAUCAGUGUAGUUGCUGGUCAUGUGACCCCCCCCCCCCCCCUGUUGAGUCUACUGUAUUCAUCUGAUAUGUAGCUUGUCAGUGCAGCUUGAGCUCUUUUUGACCAAUAACCAUGUGUUCUUCAUUUUGAAGCAUGUUUCUAUGCAUUGGUCUUUUAUUGCCACUUCAUGGUGCAUUUUGGGAAUUGUCUGUGAAUCACACCUGUUCUCGGCACUUACUGUAUAUCUGAAUAAAAUAAAAGUAGCACAAUUUUGGA